AUGGAGACCACCUUCAUCACCAUCCAUAACUUGACCCCAAACGCCAACAUUUUGUUUGCAUCCGAGUCAAUCGUAGACAUCUUAGGAUAUGUGCCCGAGGAAGUCGUAGGCAGAUCCUGCUUCGAUUACUUCCAUCCUGAUGAGGUCCCGUUUGCCCGGAAUGUUCACAGUCGCGGGGUGCAGCUAGACAAAGCAGCCGUGCUUCAUUACGCCACCAUUCGCUCUCGAGAUGGCGAGUGGGUUGCUUGCGAGUGCGUGUUCACGGUUGUCUACCAAUGCCUAGUGGCUUGUACCAGUAUCUACCGCCGAGAUGCGAAGAAUGAGCGACGAGCCGCAGAGGCACCAGCGGUUCGCCGCCUGUUCUCAUCCUCACCAAGAGAUCCUCGUUACCAUAUGUUGGAGCACCUGUCCCCCAAAUUCAGAGCCCCGCCGCAAGAAUCGCUCCUGGAACCUCGCGCUGCGUUGAUCCUCAAUCGCUUCACACGCACUUUGAGUGUGAUGUACGCAACCGACGCCGUCUCUGAGAUUCUUGGCAUUACCGCCGACCAGAUUCAUGACAAGAGCUUCUAUGAGUGCAUCCAGGAGAAUUGUCUUCCAGAAGCGAUCAGGUGCUUGGAAAGUGCAAAGUCUAACGAUUCUAUCGCUUAUCUCCGCUUCUGGUACCGGAAUCCUCGUACGGACGACGAGUACGACCAGGACAUGCGUGAAGCCAGUCAAAGCAGUGACUCCGAAGAUGGUGGUGUGGAGCUGAAUCACCGUGAGUCUCAGGAACGGAUGGACGUUGACACGGAUGGCACAGGUGACAGCGGCUCUCACGCAGGAGGCAGACUUAACCUUGCUGAGCAACGUGGUCAAAAUAUAUCCAGAACUUCAUCUGGCGACAGCACAGACCAAGAGCACAACUCCGCCGGGGCCAUCUUUGAUCAAGGUCACCCAACCUCAUCCUCAUCCUCAUCUGUUGGUGCUGCCUCCAGCAGUGGGGGCGCUCGAGCCUCUAUAACACCUGGACCAGGUCCUGCACCGUUCGAGAUUGAGGCUGUCGUAUCUUGUACUUCUGACGGUCUCGUUGUCGUUCUUCGAAAAGCUAGAGCACUUAUUCCCCAUUACCCAGCUGGAAUUUUCGCAGCUCCUUGGGGUGUCGAUGCUAUCAGACCUCAUGUUUAUCAACCAAAUCCACUGGUACCCUUCCACCAUGGUCCCAACGCACCUAUCGCGCCACCGGCUGGGCCUGCAGAGGUUGAUUUCAUGGCGUCGAUCAAGGACGUCGCUGUUUUCGCAUGGUCGCUUGCCGGUAUCAAUGGUAAUAUGGCAGCGUAUGGUCGAGGUGUUCCAAGGGGUGAAUCUCAGCCUGAGCAUCUUCCAAUCCUUGACCCUCAUGGCCAUUAUGGGAAGCCAUAUCCUGGGUACUCUCCCCCAGAGAACCAAGCGCUUCUUAAAUGGGACCUACUGGAGCGUCCUUACCGAGAGAUGAUGGACGCGCCCACAAGUACGUCCAUGCAGGAGCCAAAAGUUCCAUAUCAACAUCGCCGACAAGCAGGGUACCUCAGAGCGCAGUACAAUGCUGGUAAUGGUAGAAUGGGCUCUGACAGGUUCGGUUCUUCGGCCCAUAACUAUCUUGGUAACUACCGCAUGGGCUUGCCGUAUCAGUCCAGUACCCCAGGACAACGCAACUCUUUGCGGUCACCAAACGGUCGCAGUAGAUUCAACAGCAGUCAUCCACCAAAGAAUGGCAAGAACAACACACCUCCAGCGCCGGGUGCCACAGGCCCAAAUGAGCGGUCCAAGGAUAACAUGUAUCCCUAUUGA